AGAUACGUUGAUGGAGGGAUUUCUGACAACUUGCCACGAUACGAGCUGAAGAACACAAUCACGGUGUCUCCAUUCUCAGGAGAGAGUGAUAUCUGUCCACGGGACAGUUCCACAAACAUGCACGAGCUGAGGGUCACCAAUACAAGCAUCCAGUUCAACCUUCGCAACCUCUACCGCCUAUCAAAGGCCCUGUUUCCUCCGGAGCCACACGUGCUGCGGGAUAUGUGCAAGCAGGGCUAUCGGGAUGCACUGCACUUCCUGAAGAAGAAUGGUCUCCUUCAUCCUCCAAGUCCUGCCCGUCCUCUCCUUGCCAUAGAAGCUCCCCCAGGAGAGAAAAAAGAGGAGGAAACAGAAGCUGAGGACCAACUAGAGGACAAUACUGCACUUGCUGUUGUUGAAGAGCACAUCUUUGAGCACUUGCCUCCCAGACUGAACCAAGCUCUUCUGGAGGCUUGUGCUGAAAGAAGAAGUUUCUUGACUGGUAUCACCAACAUGCUGCCUAUACGUGUGGCCACGGCAAUGAUGGUCCCCUACAUGCUGCCUCUGGAGUCUGCAGUUUCCUUCACUGUCAGGUUGCUGGAAUGGCUUCCAGAUAUCCCUGAGGAUAUUAGAUGGAUGAGGGAGCAGAUGACCGAAAUCUGCAACUAUCUUGUGAAGAAAGCCAAGAAGAAACUGGGCAACCAUCUUUCAGCCAGGCUUUAUUAUCACCUCGAGCUUGGAGGGCCCCAGAGCCUGCCAAUUUCUUCUGUAUCGACUUGUAGUGAAGCACUGCCUAUGUGGAUGAAAAGCAACCGUUCCCUGUCUGAUGUCAUGAUGAAGUGGGAUGAGUACCAGCGCCAGCUCAUGCUGGGCUUACUCUGCAUCAACGUGGACAUGCAGGCUUCCCUCUUCCCUCGGGAAGGGUUUCAGAUAAAGCUUCCAACUCUAGACUGUGCAAAAGAGUGCCUGCCACUCUUCCGAGCCUGCUGCCGUGAGAGGAUGAGGGUGGGUGGGUAGGGGAGCGGAGGUAGGGUGGGACCAGUCUCAUCCCUCAGCAGCAGGGCUGCCCUGUGUUCAUCAAUAUGCUGCAAAGGGGAUUUCCCCGGGAUGGAGACUGGUGGAAUUGAUUUGUAGCCAUUUUUUGCCUGCUGGGCCAGGCAAGGGAUCUCAUGUGUUCAAAGGCACACAUGGGCUGAUCCUUGCUCUAGGCUUGCGUUGAGGCCUGACCAUUGCCCAUGGCCAGGCUCUCCCAAAUAAUGCACUUUGAAUUGCUGUUGGCUUUGUACCGCCAAAUAAUCAGGACGUAGAUGAUGCUCUCAAGUUCAUACAGGUUUUAGCUUCCUUUGUUUGUUAGAGCAUGAGUCUUGUUUUUCCUUCAAUCAUCUGACAUCCCUUAACUCUUUGUGCUACUGAAAGAUGAAGUAGCCUCUUGCCA